UAUGACACGGAGAACCUUGAGUCUGUUUCUUAUGUGGUUACGAGAAUUGCUGAUGGGUAUGAGGAGCGCUUAUAUGAGGCAUCGAAGUGGGCUUGUCACGAUCUCCUGAAGGAUACGUAUGGCUUCAAGGCACAGAGGGAAUCCUUCUUACCCCUUUUCCGAUACAUCACUGGCGAUAAUGUUGAAGACCUAUGACCGUUCUCACAAGGGUGUUCGGUGGAUUCGCCAUGAGGGAGAGUGUGUGGGAGGAGGAAGCAGCAAGUCUGAGACAGAUUCUUCAAGAUGCUGGAGAGAAAGACAUAGAUUUCUCCCUUCAUUACAGGCUGCAGUAUGACCCCCCAAUGAAAUUCGAAAACCGUCGGAAUGAACUCUGGUAUGUC